AUAUGGUUUUACCCAUCCAAAUAGCUUAAUAAAAUAGCUUAGAAGAGAAAGUUCGUCAAGAGGUUUUUCCUGGAGAAGAAGCAAACUCAAGCUCCGUCGGAGAAAACGUAAUCGGGAAGUUCACGUUUUGUUAAUUGCCGGAGAAAGGAAUUGAAUAGUUCUCAAGUGAAUUUUGAUCUACCCAACAAUGGAUGUGAUAAAAACGCAGCAGAUAUCAGCGAGGACGAUCGAGAAAGUGAUUGUUCACCCACUUGUCUUGCUUAGUAUCGUCGACCAUUACAAUCGUGUAGCCAAGGACUCGCGCAAGCGCGUCGUCGGCGUUUUGCUAGGAAACAGCUCACGUGGUACCGUCGACGUCACCAACAGCUACGCAGUGCCUUUUGAAGAGGAUGACAAAGACCCAAGCAUCUGGUUUCUUGAUCACAACUACCACGAGUCGAUGUUUCACAUGUUCAAGAGAAUUAACGCCAAGGAGCAUGUUGUGGGUUGGUACAGCACAGGUCCUAAGCUUCGAGAGAAUGAUUUGGAUGUUCACGCUUUGUUCAAUGGCUAUGUGCCAAAUCCAGUGUUGGUCAUUAUUGAUGUCCAACCUAAAGAACUUGGCAUCCCCACAAAAGCAUACUAUGCAGUUGAGGAGGUGAAGGAGGUAAAACACCCUCCCACUUGUAAUCAUAUCACUUGCUUGAAUGUUCAAAUGCUACCCAGAAAAGCCAGCAAGUGUUCGUACACGUGCCUACAGAAAUUUCUGCUCACGAAGUGGAGGAAAUUGGUUACUGCGAAACUUACUGCUCUGAAGGGAUUGGAUGCACGACUCAGGGAGAUUCGGAGUUACCUUGACCUUGUAAUCGAAGGAAAACUCCCAUUAAACCAUGAGAUCUUAUACCAUCUUCAGGACGUAUUCAACUUGCUUCCUAACUUGAACGUCAACGAGUUGGUUAAGGCCUUUUCAGUGAAAACAAAUGACAUGAUGCUCGUUAUUUACCUCUCUUCCCUCAUUCGAAGUGUAAUCGCCCUCCACAAUUUGAUCAGCAACAAGUUAUUGAACAAGGAACAUGAAAAAGCAGAGGACUCAAAGCCUGUUGACAUACCCGUAACCACCGGGAGUUAAAAUGCGGCAACAUUUCGAGCUUUGAGAGGAUUUCAAAUCGGAGAUUACUCAGUCAUCUGUUUCCUCCGAAGAAGAUGGUCAAUUCAUGGACUAGGGUCUCGUUCCAGUGAUAUUGCUGUAGUUUCUACAAUGGUUAUGAUAUUAAUAUGUCGUUUCUGUCUCGAUAGAUUUUUUUUCUCCCAUUUGAUGUUUUCUCUUUUAAAGAUGAUAUAGGUACGUUUCACAUCAAUGUGCUGAAAUCUCCAGAAAAAAAAAAAAACUGUUUUCCUUUCGAGUACAGUUUCCAGAAAUUGUUUCGUAAUCUAACGUACGCAUUGCCUAAGGAAUGUACUGAUCU